AGGUACAGUUCUCCAAACAGUUGUUCUCUCCAGUCAUGUCUUGAGAUACGGUGCCCUCUAUUUACUUGUUCGUAGUGAAACAAAGAUUCGCAACAUCCCAUCCGCACAUCCGGAAACAAACCAAGGGAGGUGAAUGGUUGGGCAGGUGUGUCACUCUGUUCCACCUCAGGCCCCAUGGCUCACAGUGUCAGGAGAGAUGCCCCUGAGCUCCCUGACUUCUCUCUGCUCAAGAGGCUGGCCAGGGACCAGCUCAUUUACCUACUGGAACAGCUACCUGGGAGGAAGGACCUGUUCAUUGAGGCAGAUUUGAUGAGCCCCCUAGACCGCAUUGCUAAUGUCACAACACUAAAGCAACAUGAUGUGGACAAGCUUUACAAAGUGGAACACAAACCCAUUGUCAGCACCUCAGAUCAACUAUGCUUCCUGAUCCGCCCAAGAAUAAAAACUGUCAAGUGGAUAUGUGAUGUGGUCAAUGCAGACAAAGCAUUUGGGAGAUUCAGAAGAUACAAGAUCAUAUUUAGCCCUCAGAAGUUUUAUGCAUGCGAGAACCUUUUGGAGGAGCAGGGAAUCUUUGGUGAUGUGACUACUGACGAGUGGUCAUUCUACCUCCUGCCCCUGGACGAUGACAUCAUUAGCUUGGAGCUUCCGGAAUUCUUCAGAGACUACUUCUUGGAGGGAGACCAGCGCUGGGUGAGAACAGCGGGUAGUGCCCUGCAUCUCCUACACUCUGUCUACGGCCCCUUCUCUAAGGUGUAUGGGAUCGGACGAUGCUCCAAGAUGGCGUAUGAAUCGUGGAGGGAGCAGGUGGAGGAGGGGGAACAGAGAGCGCUUCAAGCGGAGAUCGGAAAUGUGUUUCUCAUUGACAGAGAUGUGGACCUUGUGACUCCUCUGUGUUCCCAGGUUGUCUAUGAAGGACUUGUCGAUGAUAUUUUCAGAAUUAAAUGUGGAUGUGUGGAGUUUUGUCCAGAUGUCACCUCCUCUGACAAGAGUAUAAAAGUGAUGCUAAACUCUCAAGAUAAGGUUUUUAACGAGAUCAGGAACGAGCAUUUCUCCCAGGUGUUUGGCUUCCUAAGUCAAAAGGCCCGAAACCUCCAGACUGCAUAUGAUAAGCGUAGUGGAAUGGACAUUAAACAGAUGAAGACGUUUGUGUCGGAGGAGCUGAAAGGGUUAAAACAGGAGCAUCGGCUCCUCAGUCUGCAUAUUGGUGCCAGUGAGUCGAUGAUGAAGAAGAAAACAAAGCAGGACUUCCAAGAGCUGUUGAAGACAGAGCACUCCUUACUGGAGGGGUUUGAAAUCCGUGAAUGUAUUUCCUACAUAGAGGAGCAUAUCAAUAGACAGGUCUCUAUGGUGGAAAGUAUGAGACUCCUUUGUCUGCUGUCUCUCACAGAAAACGGCCUCCUUCCCAAAGAUUAUCGGUCAUUAAAAGCCCAGUUUCUACAGAGUUAUGGCAUUGAACACCUACUGACGUUUUCCAACCUGAAGCAGCUAGGCCUGCUGGUGGAGCAGCAGCCUGGAGAGACCCUCACUGUCAUGGAGAGCAGAGUGGGCAAACUGGUCAACGACAAAACCGCAGGAAAGCUGACUGAUGCCUUCUCCUCCCUGGCCAAGAAGAGCAAUUUCCGUGCCUUGGGCAGGAGGCUCAAUCUGAAUCAACAACAAGUGGGACACAAUCAUGAAGUGGAACGACAUUUCUUGGAUAUUUCAAACUUUUUUAAAAGUUUGUGGGUGCACCUUCUCAGAGAUCUCAGCACUACGCUUCCUGGGCAGAGAGAAAGGUCUUAAAUUCAUUGUGGUGACCACAGCUAUCACAAACAGUGCCAGACUUCUGGAGUCUAUGUUGGACAACCAUGCAUGAGUCCUGGGGUCUUUCUAUCAUUGCCAAUGGAAGCAUCCAGCUUGUGGUCCAAGACAUCAUGUGGACACAUACAGAUGACUUUUUGGACAAUUUGCAUCAACAAUAUGACAACAAGCUACAUGCUUGCACCUGUUAUUCAGAGUCUUGUAUUGGAAGCAGUCACUGUCUAGGAUAGAUCUGAUUCAGAAAAAAAUUGAUUGACGUUGGAAUAUAUUCCAUCAUAGUGCUAUACCAACUGCAAAAGGUGUACAAAGAAUGUUGUUUUUUGUCCACAGUACAAAAUAAAUAUGAUGUUUUA